CUUUGCUUCCUUCGUCCCCAAUAUCCACCCCUCUCUUCCUCCUCGAUCUCCCCCACCUCUCCUCCUCUCCUCCAUUGACCUCGGCGUCGAUGAACCCCAAAAUGACGAAACUACCCCUCGUCGCCCCUCUCCUCCUCGCCGUCCUCCUCGCCCUCGCCUCCCUCGCCGCGGCGGAGAUCAAGUCCCUCACGAUCUCCGCCGACACCCGCCCCAUGAUCCUCUUCGAGAAAUUCGGCUUCACACACACCGGCCACGUCACCAUCAGCGUCUCCUCCGUCUCCGUCACCUCCAAGAUCGCCGACAUCGACUCCUCGCGGCUCGGCUUCUUCCUCCUAUCGGAGGAGUCCCUCCUCCAGGUCCUCGUCGAGAUCCAGCAGAACCCUCAGCUCUGCGUCCUCGACUCUCGCUACAUCCUCCGCCUCUUCAACUUCCGCAACCUCUCGCCGCCGCCGGCCUCCACCUUCAACCACUCCUACCCCGUCACCGCCCCCAACGAGUACUCCCUCUUCUUCGCCAAUUGCGCGCCGGAGACCACCGUCACCAUGGACGUCCGCACCGAGGUCUACAACCUCGACCCCGACGGUUCUCGUGACUACCUCUCCGCCGGCCUCACCCACCUCCCCUCGCUCUUCUCCGUCUUCUCCGUCGCGUAUCUCGCCUUCCUAGGGUUCUGGAUCUACCUCUGCUACUCUCACAAGCUCUCGACGCACCGGAUCCACAUUCUCAUGGGGGGACUCCUCCUCAUGAAGGCCUUGAAUCUCAUUUGCGCCGCCGAGGACAAGCACUACGUCAAGGUCACCGGCACGGCGCACGGCUGGGAUGUGCUCUUCUACAUUUUCCAGUUUCUCCGUGUGGUUCUGUUGUUUACGGUGAUCGUGUUGAUCGGGACCGGGUGGUCUUUCUUGAAGCCGUUUCUGCAGGAGAAGGAGAAGAAGGUGUUGAUGAUUGUGAUCCCUCUGCAGGUUCUGGCCAAUUUGGCUUCGGUUGUGAUCGGCGAGACCGGGCCGUUUAUUAAAGAUUGGGUGACCUGGAACCAGGUGUUCUUGUUGGUUGAUAUUAUCUGCUGCUGUGCUAUUAUUUUCCCCAUUGUGUGGUCGAUUCGGUCUUUAAGGGAGACUUCCAAGACCGACGGGAAGGCGGCUAGGAACUUGGCCAAGUUGACUCUUUUUAGGCAGUUCUACAUUGUGGUUAUUGGGUACUUGUACUUCACAAGGAUUGUGGUGUUUGCGCUUAAGACCAUUGCGGCUUAUAAGUACCAGUGGGUGAGCAAUGCCGCAGAGGAGACUGCGAGUCUUGCGUUUUACAUGGUCAUGUUCUAUAUGUUCAGGCCGGUGGAGAGGAACGAGUACUUCAUUCUUGAUGAGGAGGAAGAAGAGGCUGCAGAGAUGGCUCUAAGGGACGAAGAGUUUGAGCUUUGAAUUGGGUAGAAUUGGUUCUGUGCUGCCCCUUUGUAUUGAUAUGAUGCCGCUGAUGUUUUGAGUUCCGCUUAUCGGACAUAUGGAUAGAGUUGCUGGGUCAGGUCUGCUGCUACUACUGUUGCCUCAUCUGUUUACCUUUCAAAUUGUAUUAUUUUUCAAAUGAAAUGACUUGUUAUAAGAAGUUUGAUGCUUUAAGAUACCAUCUGUGUAGCUUAUAUUUGUUAGGAUUUUCAUCUUUAAAUACUGCUAAUGAUUUUCAAUUCA